AUGUCAACGAAUCAACCUGAAAAAUCUGCCGACAUCGAGGAAGCAGAACAUUCGCAGAACUUAUUGCCCUUUAAAACAAAAGCUACUGCAAUGAUAAAGCAGCUAGAGAAUUUGAACCAAACUUUAACCCCAUCUCAGCUAAAGGAGUAUGAUGACGCGGAGCUGUCCGUUCGCUUGAGCUACAUCGAGGAGCUUGAUGUUAAAUCUAAGUUAACUCGCCAACUCAAUGCCACUCGUAAGUUUGAUUCAAACCCGCGUAGUUCAACAUUGCGCCAAUUUUCGCUCGAUGAGUCGCCAUAUUCUCAAACAUCGCUUCGUAAAACAAAAGUUCCCGAAAUUCAAUUACCAAAAUUCGUUGGUGCUUAUUCGGAAUGGCCAAAUUUCUUUUCGUUAUUCAAGACCGUUAUACAUAACAACAAUGAUUUAAGCAAACUAGAAAAAUUCCACUAUUUACGUGCAAGUUUAGGCGAAGCUGCCCUCGACACUAUAGUUUCAUUGGAACUCAACGAUGCAAAUUAUGAGGAAGCUUUGUUAUUGUUAAAAAAUCGUUUUGACAAUAAGCUAUUAAAUUUCCAAACUCACAUCAAAGAGAUAUUUUCCUUAAAUUGUGUUGAAAACGGUUCAGCUGUUAGCUUACGUCGUUUGAGUGAUAAAUUAAAUGCACAUUUACGUGCUAUGCAAACGAUCGGUAAUCAACAACAAAUUGCCGACGGGCUUUUAAUUUAUUUAGUGUCAACAAAAUUGGACACGAAGACUCGAAUGAAAUGGGAGGAGAACUUGUCAAUUAAUGAGUUACCAACCUGGAACUCAAUGUCAACAUUUUUAGAACGCAGGUGUCGUAUGGUUGAGAAUUUAGAAAACUCAGCUUUAAGUAAGUCCUCAAACCCACCUGGCUCCAAAAAACUUCAUCAACAAUAUCGUCAUGUUCAUGUCUCUACCGCCACUUCGUCGGCUUUGUGCACAUUUUGCGAUUCCAAAGAUCAUUUCAUCACUAAAUGUUCACUUUUUGGAAAUUUGUCCCCUUCCCUCCGUUUUAAAGAAGCAAAAAGACUGAGGUUAUGCCUAAAUUGUUUAAAAAAAGGGCAUAUGCUCAACAGCUGUAUCUCAGGUAAUUGCCAACAGUGUUCUUUGAAACACCACACAAUGUUGCACAUCGAGAAGGUUAAGACAGAUGAACCCACAAAAUCUUCGGCGGAUCAAACAGCUCCAACUACUUCGCAAGCAGUACUGAUUUCUUCUGGCCCACCUCAUUUCACAAAGACGCCAUCCUCGAAUGUUUUGCUGGCUACUGCAAUUGUUAUGGCAAGUAUCUCUGGAAUUGGCGAUGGAGGUUAUACUAUAGAUAAAUCUGUUGAUAUUGUAAUAAAAUCUUUACAUGGAGAUUAUUCAACCACGCUAACUGCGAUGGUCGUCCCUAGCAUAACGGAUUACCAACCUGAUUUUAACAGAAAUAGACCAGAAUGGAAUAUUCCCAAAAAUAUAGAGCUCGCAGAUCCCUCUUUUGACAAAUGUGGUCGUAUCGAUGGUUUAAUAGGUGCCGAGUUGUUUUUUGAUUUAAUGUCAGUUGGACAAGUCAAAUUAGCUGAUAAUCUACCGGUGCUGCAAAAAACAUUAAUAGGUUGGGUAGUUGCUGGUGGUGGUUUUCGUACCCAACAUUACAGGUCGUUGGCUGUCAGUUGUAAUACAUUCGAGCAAGAGAAUCAAUUGUGUUCCAUCAUAAAAGGUUUUUGGGAAGUUGAAAACAAUUUUGAAAUCAAUCCACUAUCAAUUGAAGACAUUCAUUGCGAAAAUCACUUUUUGGAAAACACAGUCCGUCUUAAUACUGGCGAGUUUUCUGUGCGGUUACCUCAGAUCGAAGGGCGUGGUGCGGAUUCACUUGGCGAGUCGUAUAGCCGAGCUCUACAUCGAUUUAAGACUCUGGAAAGGAAACUCAAAAAGCUCCCGGAUAUUAAAGCACAAUAUGCAGAAUUUAUGAGUGAGUACAUUGCAUUAAAUCACAUGUCGUUAAUUUCUCCACAGAGCGAACCAAAGAAAUAUUUUCUCCCACAUCACUGUGUGCAUAAAAUAGACAGCACAUCUACAAAAUUAAGGGUCGUUUUUGACGGCUCUGCAAAAACAACCAGUGGUUUGUCGCUCAACGAUAUUUUGUACGCUGGUCCAACUAUUCAGCCCAAACUAUUUAACACCCUAUUGCGGUAUCGGUUUUUUAAGGUUGCCCUAAGUGGAGACAUUUGUAAAAUGUACAGGUGUGUUCGAUUGUCUUACCCAGAUGACUAUUUACAAUGUAUACUGUGGAGAGCAGAUGAAAGUGAGGAGAUAAAGACAUACAAAUUAAACACUGUUACCUACGGUACAAAGCCCGCUGCAUUUUUGGCAAUCCGCACCAUGCACCAACUCGCAACUGAAGAAGAAGGUAAAUUUCCAUUGGCUGCUAAAAUAGUAAGACGUGACUUUUAUGUAGAUGACAUGAUUUCUGGUGGUGACACUGUCGAAGAGGCUAUGGAGAUAAGGCAACAGGUAGCAGCUUUACUACAAACUGGCAAUUUUUUCAUAAGGAAAUGGUGUUCAAAUGUUCCUGCAGUCUUGAAUGAAGUACCUCCAGAUCAAUGUGAACAAUUUUUAAAAUUUAAAGACGGAACAGAUGUUACCAAAACACUUGGACUUGUUUGGGAUCCAAAGAGUGAUAACUUCAUCUUUUCGUUUACACCUGUUGAUAAUUGUAAAGUUAUAAAUAAACGAUCCAUUUUAUCAUCAAUUGCUCGUCUAUAUGACCCUCUCGGUUUAAUUGGUCCAGUCAUCACAAAGGCCAAAAUCUUCAUGCAGCAUUUAUGGAAGCUUCAACUACAGUGGGAUGAAAGUCUCCCACAAUCGUUACAUUUGUCAUGGCUCGAAUAUAUUUCGAAAUUUGAUUCUAUCCAUUAUUUCACAUUUCCUCGCUAUGUUUCAACGCCAAAUUCAAAAAUAGAAAUUCAUGCAUUUUGUGAUGCCAGCCUAGCUGCUUAUGGUGUUUGCGUAUACAUUCGUACUGAACUCGAUGGUGUCGUAAAGUUAUCAUUGCUGUGCUCUAAGUCGAGAGUUUCACCCCUCAAAAGUUUAACGGUACCAAAACUUGAGCUUUCUGCAGCGUGUCUUCUAGCUGAACUCGUGGAUGUAAUUAUCAAUACCUUACCGUUCGAUUGUGUUGUACACUGUUGGUCAGAUUCCAUGGUAGUGCUGUCGUGGCUUCGAGAGCAGCCAUCAAAUUUCAACGUUUUCGUUUCAAAUAGAGUUUCUCGUAUACAAACACUCACUAGUCAAAUGUCGUGGCAUUAUGUUCCUACAAAGUUAAAUCCAGCUGACAUCUUAUCAAGAGGUGCAUCGCCUGAAGAACUGUUAAAUUCUACCCUAUGGAGUUGUGGACCAAAUUUUUUGCGUCAUGAAUCAUCAAUGUGGCCAGAUAGUGUCGAGUUUUUAGCUGAACUACCUGAACGACGUCGUAACAUAUUGGUAGCGGUUUCGCUGUCGGAUUUGUCGAUACAAUCGUCUCAUUUGGAGGUCGUCCAAGAUUUAUCGACGUCAUCGUUUUUAUCUGCCUUGCGUCGUUUUGUUGCGAUUAGGGGCAAACCCAAGGUAAUUUGGUCGGAUAACGCAACAAAUUUCGUGGGAGCCAAAAAUGAGCUGGCUGAGUUAAAACAGCUAUUUUUCAGCCAAUCACAUCAGAAAGCGCUCCAGCAGCAAUGCCUUGAAGAUGGAAUAGAAUGGUCAUUUAUCCCUCCUAGGUCGCCCCACUUUGGUGGAUUGUGGGAGGCGGCUGUUAAGUCUGCAAAAUUACACUUCUAUCGCACAGUUGGCCUCAAUAAAUUGACGUUUGAUGAGUUGCGCACCUUAAUAUGUGAAAUAUCUGCAAUUUUAAAUUCUCGCCCGCUAUGCCCCAUUUCGGAAGAUCCCAAUGAUCUUGAGGUUCUGACACCGGGGCACUUUCUAAUUGGUGGCCCUCUAAUUUCCAUAGUUGAACCCAGUAUAACCGAUUUAGACAUAAGCCGUUUGAGUAGAUGGCAAAGAGUUUGUCAAAUGAAGCAGAUUUUUUGGCAAAGGUGGAGCAACUCCUAUCUAACUUUACUACAAGAGCGCACAAAGUGGCGUGAACAAACUGAAAAUAUCGUUAUUGGAUCAAUGGUCUUAUUGAAAGAUGAAAAUCAACAGCCCUUAAAAUGGCAAAUAGGUCGUAUUACUGACGUCAUACGCGGUGAUGAUAAUGUAGUUCGUGUAGUGAUGGUUCAAACUAGCAACGGAUUAAUGAAGCGUGCUGUAUCAAAG